AAUCUACGUACUAUAUUAUACAUUAAAAAAUAGAAAAAUCUUAAGUGUAUUUUCUUUUCAGUUGUCACCUAGGAACUACCAUGUUUAUUUAAUAAAUUAAUCUUUGAUAAACACAAUAAAUAAAUACUUCAGGACUCAGGUUAAGUAAAUGUUAGUGUGCAUUUGAAUUUAUGGAUACUAUUAAAAAGUAUUUUACUCGGUCUAUUAUAGACAAUGGAAAUAAAUCAAUGGAUGGAAAUGAUGAAUCAAGUUCUAAUACAAUUUGUAACAAUACUCAAAAUAAAGAGAAUGAGAUGAUCAUUUCAACUUGUUCUGACAUGACAAGUAUUCAACAUACAAACAAGCAUCUUUUACAUAAAAUAAAAAGUUUAGAAGAAGAAAAUGACCGUUUGUUAUCUAUAAUUGAAAACAAAAAUAUUAUAAAGAAUGUAAAAUGUAAUUGUAAUGUUGUUAAGAACAUACCAGACUUUAAUACCAGACAAAUAAUAAAAUCAUCAAGUAUAACAAAAAACAAAGAGUUUUCUGAACUCAAAAAAUUGAAUGAUAAAUGCAAUUCAUUAAAUAAAAAGAAUUGCAAUUAUCGAAAUAAAAUUAUGCAAUUAAAAAACGAUCUGCAAACUACUCAAAAUGCUUUAUCUAAUGAAAUUGGAGAUCCAGCAGUGAUGAAAACAGUUUUAAUGGGCACAGGAUCUUCAAAUUAUAUAGGACGUGCUCAAAAAAUAUUGGUCUUGCAGCAGAAAGUAAACGAGCUGCAAGCGAAACAAAGUGAUUCAAAAACCAAAGAACUGCAUGAUUUAACUGUUAACACCAAAAAAUUGGAAAAAGCACGUAAGGCAAUUAAUGAGCAGGUAUUAAAGGAUACUCAAUUGAAGGUUACCGAAUUGACUACAUCAGUGGAAAUAUGGAAAAGACGUAGUAAAGCAUUGGAUGUAGAAAUCACUGUCUUAAGAAUACAAAUUCAAAAAUUAUUAUCCAAGUCUGAAUCAGACAACCAACUUAUUGAUCAAUUAAAAGCAGAGUUAGGUAAAAAUAAUAUGCAACGGCUUAAAACUAAGGACUCUGUAACAAAACUUGAAGAAUCAAUUGCAUUGCUACAGUUGAAAUAUGAUAAAGCGGAAAAAAUUAUUGAACAGCAAUCAUUUAAUUUGAGGGAUAGAGAUAUGAGAAUAUCUCAUUUAGAAUCAAAAAUACUAAAGAAUAAUGAUACAACUAAAGAUCAUAAAGAUAUCAGUUCAAUAGACUUUAUGGAGCCUAAAGAAAUUUUUGUUAAGAAAUUAAAUGGAUUCGAAAACAAACAACUACUGAAUCUAUUAUGCAUAGCUCAUAAUAAAAUUUGUGAACACGUUCUAGAUGCUGUUGAUUUUAAAAAUAAAUAUUUAACGGAAAACCUAAAAUUCCAAAAAUUUAAAUCAAAGAUGGGUUACUUGAGUUCAUCAACAUUAUUUAACAAAAGAUCAAAAUCUAAAUAUCACUUUAAAAAUGAAUUAAAUGCGAAUGAGAAAUUAUUAGAAUUACAGAAUAAACUAGAACUGGUAGAAGAGGAGCGUGCUGCUUUUAAAGAUAGAUUGGACACUCUCAUAAUGUUGAAUAAAGAAAAUGUACAUACAUUUACCCGAUCAUUAAACAAUAUGAAACAGCAGUUAAUACAUUAA